ACUUCCUGUUCAACUUCAAGCCAUCAUGAGCUCUAAGAACCGCAGAUCCCUGAGGAUCCCAUUCAGUGAGAAGAGCAAUAUGAAAUUGGAGCAGUAUUUCUCUCCGGUCAACAAAGAGCAAACAAACAUGGACUCUGGAAAAGAUUUAAAAGAUAAACUCAACACCCAGGUUCAAGGACCUGAAGAUCAGACCAAAAAAUUUUUCAUUCGUCUUAUGGGAGAAACCAGACCAAUCGUACAUACACACAGUGGGAAGAGUACCUUAUAUGAGGCCCUCCAAUAUGUUGAUGCUCUCAAAAAAAAGAUGGACCCUCAGAGUGACAAGGACAUGUUGGUGCUUGGUACAGAGGGCAUCGAAGCUUACAUAAACCCUACAAUGCCCCUCAGUUGUUUUCCUGAUGUCACUCAUUUGGAAAUUAAAUUUAUCCAAAGUCAGAAUGAGCAGAAAGAAAACAACCAGGUACGUGAAAAACUCCCCAAAUUUGAUACUGACUGUGUUAAAUUUUAUAUUCAUGCAGUUGGGAAGAGGGAAGAAAAGAUUGUUCAGUACAGGAAGCUUCACAAACAAGGGAUCAUACUCUGUGUCUAUGGUUUCAAAGGAGAAACCAUCAAGGCUGCUGUGUGCAGGGAUGGCAGAUUUCUGCCCUUUCUGGAGAAUAGUGUGUGGAAACUUGUAGAAAACCUGCACUCCAUUGUAGAGAGCUCCCAGUACGUGGAUAACUUAGAGAACAAGCUCUUUGAGGUUGAGUUUGAGAAAAGAAAGAGCUCAAGAGCAGGAACUUCUCAGAAUUCUGAGGCAGAAGAGAGAAAUAUCUGUGUGUUGCAAGGAGCUAGUGUAGACCUGUAUCCCAGUUUGAAAAUAGAAAGUGAGAAGAUCAGAGAAAAAUUGAAAGAAGAAAUGAAGGGAGCAAAGAAUAAAUCUCAUGUUUUUAAGUGUCACAAAAUAACUUUUUCAAAAGCGACAAGAAAUUCUACUCCAGUUAAAGUACACAAACUUCUUUAUCAUCUCAGCAGCUCAGUUGGUUACCUGUCCUGGGCCAAUAAUGGAAAUGAAGGUUGUGCCACCUGCUUUGUUUUUAGAGACUUGUACAUUUUCACUUGCUGGCAUGUAGUAAGAGACAUUGUGGGAGAAGGCAUCGAUAAAAAUAUGUGGCCACACAUAAUUAGUCAGUGUGUAAAGGUGUCAUUUGGUUAUGAAGAGGAGUUCCUAGAGAAAGAAAAGAACUCCUUCUCUCUUGAGCCUUGGUUUGAGGUAGCUGAUGAAAGUCUAGAUUAUGCUGUUCUGAAGCUAAAACCAGAAAGUGGAGCACAAGUUCCCAGUGCACUAUUUAAUGGAAUGAGUCCUGUGCCACUUAAUGGACUGAUAUAUAUUAUUGGUCAUCCAUUUGGAGAACCCAAGUCUACCGAUGCUUGUUGUGUGAUUCCUCAGAGUCAGCGAGUAGAAGCAUGUCAGGCUAGGCAGGCAGAUUCUUAUGUCCCUAUGUUCACUCCAAGGAGUUUUCAGGAAAUAAGUGAAAAUGAUGACGUGAUUACCUAUCACACCUCCUUUUUCUUUGGGGCUUCUGGCUCCCCAGUGGUCAAUGCCGAUGGUGUGUUGGUGGCCAUGCAUUCUGCUGGUCUUAAUUUUGACUACCAAAAAGGACUUUCUACACUCAUUGAGUUUGGCCCUACUAUACAGUCCAUUCUCGCUCAUAUCAAGCGCCAUUAUCCAAUGUGGUAUGCAGAAAUAUGUACAAAUCUGGAUGAUGAAAUGAUGAGUGAUGAGGAUUGA